GAGGAGGGUGAAGGAGCUCACUUAUCAGACUGAGGAGGACAAGAAAAACGUUACCAGGCUGCAGGAUCUGGUCGACAAAUUGCAGCUGAAGGUCAAGGCCUACAAGAGGCAGGCUGAGGAGGCGGAGGAACAGGCCAACGUCCAUCUGUCCAAGUGCAGGAAGGUUCAGCAUGAGCUGGAGGAGGCUGAGGAGCGCGCUGACAUCGCAGAGUCCCAGGUCAACAAGCUGAGGGCAAAGAGCCGGGACUCUGGCAAGGGAAAAGAAGCAGCAGAGUAAAACACACAAGAGUCUGGCUGUGUUGAAUCAUAUAAUAUGAAAUAAUUCAAGCCGAAACAAUAAAAGUUAAUCUGUUGAUAUUAAA